CCACCUUUUUGCUGCCAGCCGAGCCCGACGUCAGGGGCCGCUGUGCGCUGCGCGGGGGCUCCGCACGCGGCCGCCACACAAAGGCAGCAGCUCCGCACCGCUCCGCACCGCAGGCAGAAUGCUGGUCCGGGGCCUCCUCUUCCUCCUGGCGCUGAUCCUGCUGGCUGCCACUGCCGAGGCUGGCAAGAACAAGAAAGAGAAGAUGAAGAAGGAUGGCUCUGACUGCGAGGACUGGCGCUGGGGACCCUGUGUCCCCAACAGCAAGGACUGUGGCCUGGGCUACCGUGAGGGAACUUGCAAAGACGAGAGUAAGAAGCUCAAAUGCAAGAUCCCCUGCAACUGGAAGAAGAAGUUUGGAGCCGACUGCAAGUACAAAUUUGAGAGCUGGGGGGGGUGUAGCGCUCAGACAGGCGUCAAGACUCGCUCUGGCAUCCUGAAGAAAGCCCUGUACAAUGCCCAGUGUGAGGAAAUCGUCUAUGUGACCAAGCCCUGCUCUUCCAAGAUCAAGUCGAAGUCCAAAGCAAAGAAGGGCAAGGGGAAGGACUAGAGCGGGAAGCCAGCAUCCUCGUCGGCCUCUCGCCUUGGUGCCCAUGGGACUGGACACCCAGCUGCAGCCGGCCCACACUCCAGUCUUCCUCCUCCUCUCCUUCCUCCUUUCCAUGACCUCCUCUUUCACUGCGAUGCCUUGUUUUAAUAACUAGUGUUGUAGAGAGCAAACCCACCUGCCCCGCAGGAGGGGCUGCCCCCCUCCUCGCCACCAUCCGGUGCGUCCCCCUCACCUCCUCUCGGCUGGUGUUGGGGUUUGCUGAGAUGUGCCUGGAGAGCCGGGAUGGGAGCACACAUAUUUCCAUGCUCUGGCACAAAUGAGUUGCCUUUGGUGCAUCUUUUGUCAAGCCUGGGAGCCUCCCCGCUCCUCUGCGGGCUACCGGUGCCGGAGGGAAGGGCAGGGUGUUGAAUGCCUGAGUAACCCCAUCACCCGCAUGCCCCUCACCCGUGUGAGGACUGCUCUCAGCUCGGGGGGGCUUCUUCCAGCAUCCCUUUGGCCAGGGCAGGAGUUUUCUGCAGCAGCUGGGGAAAACAAAGCCACUGUCCCCAGGAACCACCGCGUCCCCUCUCCUCCAUCACUUCUAACCGUGUGUGUCCACGCCCGGGCUGUGGCCCCUUUGCCUUCGAUGCACCGACGCCAGUGCUGGGUGGGAGCUCUCGCUUCUUUUGGAAAAUGGGGUUUGUUUUCUUUUCCAAUAAAAAUCUUUUUAAAAAAACCCU